AUGGCAGUGAGCAUGCUCGCCAUCACGGUUCGAAACAACAUUGUUAAAAAUUUGAACAACGCUACACUGCAUUUUUGUCAUUUCGAUUUCAUGAAGCAUUUCCGACCCUUGACGAAAAAGCAAUACAAAGCUUUAGCUACCUUCACGUACAACAGAUUUGCAAGUUCAUCCAGCGUCCAUCUCAGCAAGUCGCUAAACAUACCAACCGACCUGGAAGAGAAUAUUACGUCUUUGAUCUCGCAGCUAUCCUCGGAAAUGAAAGAACUGCUACCUGCGUACAAGAAUAAUCUGACGAUGGCAAGCGUUGUAAAAGAGCCACAUCAUUUCCUUUCAAUCCUGCACAAUACGAAUCAGUACCUUCAACGUUACAAUGACGAACAAAUGCGCCUAGCGAACGAAGUGCAAACAGAAGCCACCACUGGGUACAUCAUUUCAUUACUCAAGCAAUUAGACGCUUAUAAGGUGUUGGGGAAACGACGUCGUUCUCGCGUUCAUCGCAAUGUUUUGAAAAGAAUCAAUGGAGAUGCUCCAAUGACCAUAGACCCCGCCUGGAAUUUGAACGACGAAGUUCGAACACAAAUUGCAGAAAUUAUCACACACCCCUAUACGAAACGGCAGCAUCAUCAGCAACUUUUCAGCAAAUACACAACUACCAGUAUUCUGGAGCCUAGCCCGGACGAGGAGACGUCCACAAUGGAUGCAUUCCAACAACAGUGGCCUGAACCGCACUAUUUGUGA